UAUUUUUGGGCUUCAUGUGAAAUACCGAAAGUGUCCUAUUGCCUUUCCUUUCUCCAUAUUUCACCGCCAUUGCCAUCACUCGCUGCCGCUUCCCUCAUCGUCCUAUCGUUGGGUCGUCGUCAACUUCAACUGCUACCAGCUAUGGUGCAAGAUAGAAAUCAGAAGAGAACGAAACCUAACAUCUUGGUGACUGGCACUCCAGGAACCGGAAAAACAACUAUGUCAUCUGCUCUAGCAGAGGCCUCCCAGCUCCGCCACAUAAAUAUUGGGGAACUGGUAAAAGAGAAGAAUCUCCAUGAUGGGUGGGAUGAGCAGUUUGAGUGCCACGUUAUCAAUGAAGACUUGGUCUGUGAUGAGCUUGAGGAUAUGAUGGAAGAAGGUGGGACUAUUGUGGACUACCAUGGGUGCGAUUUUUUCCCUGAACGAUGGUUUGACUGUGUCGUGGUGCUUCAAACAGAUAACACUGUGUUGUAUGAUCGCUUGAGCAAGAGAGGCUACUCGGGUUUGAAGCUAUCAAACAAUAUUGAAUCUGAAAUUUUUGGAGUUUUGCUUGAGGAGGCAAAAGAAAGUUAUCCGGAGGACAUUGUGAUGGCACUGAGGAGUGACAAUAUUGAGGAUAUCUCUAGAAAUGUCGCUACUUUGACCGAAUGGGUGAUGCAAUGGCAACCCAGAUCAUAAUCUCAGCGAAUAUCAAUGCAUGUCUCCUUAUACUUUUGCUUUUGGGUUCCUAUGUUAGAAUAGCUGGUUAGCGUGCUUGUUCCUUUAGGUUUCUCUUUGUAAUCUGCCUGAAGGUUUUCGGUCUGGAUGUAUGGG